UGUUUAUUUAAACAAUAAAAAUGGUGUUAAUUAAUUUUUUUGCUUAUUUAUUUUCAUAAAUAAUAAUAAUAGUUAAAAAAUAAUUGAAAACUUUGGCAAAUUUUUUAAUCAUUAAUAGUCUAUUUAAAAUAUAUUUUACUUAAAUGUUUUAAUAAAAAAAAGUGGCAAAUUCUGGUACCUAUAAAAAUCAAUCUAAAUGGACAAUGAUAACUUGUCUAAUGUAUUUGAUAUGCAAACUUUUUCAAAGGAAACAUUUUCAGUUGACGAUUUCCUUACUGAAAACCGUAAUAAAAUGACAUUAGAGAACAUGAGAGUUGAAAUGGGAAUCUUUUUGAAAGAUCUACGUAAUAAGAUGAUAAAUUCUUUGAAUGAUGACUGUGAUAAAUAUUUUCAUUUAUCUCGUGGACUAAUUGGCAUUGAUCAUCAAUUGGCAACCUUAAAACCUGGAUUACAUUCAAUUAGUCAUUCAGUUCAAUUAGCUAAAAAGAAUUUAGAAAAUACAUUGCAAAUUUUAGAUGAAGAAAUACAAUUAAACAAACGGUUAUGUGAAAAUAAACAAGCUUAUUACGCUAUUAUUGAAGUACAAAAUUCACUUGAAAAAUUAGAGAAGUUGUUAAAUUAUAAUGGUUGUGAUGUUAUAAUUCUGACACGAGUUAUUGCCGAGUACAAUCGUCUUACGUCUUACAUGGAAAAAUCGAGCAAAAUUGUUAAGCAAGUACACUUUAAGAAAAAAACAAUAAUUUAUGAUCUAUUGAUUACGAAUUUAAAUAGAAUGUUUAUUGCUUCGCUGAAAACCAAUUCAAAAACAGUAAGACGCUACCUUGAGUUGUAUUUAUCGUUGGGGAGGAUUAAAUCAGCUGAAGAUGUAUGCAGAUCAGAAAUGAUUGCGCCCAAAAUUGCAUCUCUGUUAAAUGAAAAUAAUCUGGUAAAUUGUAAUGAUGGGUUAAAUAGUUUGUACAACAAAUCUAAUGACUUCCUUUUACACGAUUUAAAAAAUCUUCUCGAAGCGGCAGUGGAGCUAAAUAUAUUGAACUCGAAAUUAUACAAAUUUGAUUUCAUAACCAAAAGCUAUUGGCCUGAGAUCAGCUCCCGAUUACAAAACAAUUUAAAAAGCAUUUAUAACUUAAGAGAACCAGAUGUUUUUAUUAAAAAUUAUAAAAUUACAUUUGAGGAAUUUAUGAAACAUUUAAAUCUGUUAUCUAUUUCCCAAUGUGAAUCUCAGCCGUUGUAUGCAUUAGAAAGUUAUAAUGAUUUUAAAAUGCGUUGGAAUUUACCAGUUUAUUACCAGUAUCGUUACCAAGAAAUUGGUUAUUGGGCUGAGAGUGUUAUGAAUAAUGAAAGUUAUGAUAUGUGUGAUGACAAUUAUUUUAAGCUUAAAGUAACAAAGACUAUAUGGGAUUGUAUGUGCUUUAGUCUAGAUCAAAAUGUUUUCAUUAUUGAUCUUAGUCAUAGAUUUUUUAAAUUGAUUUUACAAUUAAUUUCGAGAUACCAAACAUGGGCAAAUGAUGUCAUUAGCAAAUCAAAGAUGGAUAUAAAAGAAUUUAUUACACGUGUAAAGUUUCUCGAAAAUCUUGAGGAAGAUUUGAAAGGGUUUUAUGUUAAAUUUAAUGAUUUUUGUUGUAUGUUGGAACAACUAUUGCAAACAAAGAUACCUAAGGAACUAUUAGAACAGCAAAAAAAUUGUAUUAUGAAUGUAAGUCUGGAUCCAUUGGUCAAUAGUAUAAGUAAAUUUAAAGUACAAAUAGUAAUAGAUGAAGCAAUGUCUCAUGUUAUCCGAGUAACUGAUGUACCUCGGUUGUUUAGACAUACUAAUAGAGAAUGCCCAACAGAGCCAUGUGCCUAUAUGAAAUCAAUUGUAACUGCAUUAAAAAUAUUACAAAACAAUGAUUGUAAAAAACAAGUAUUGGAUUAUGUAGUGACACAGUAUGUUGCUUACAUAGACGAUGUAGUUAAAGCUAUUAAAAAGACCGAAGAAAGCUUGAGAAAAUUAAAAAAAGUAAGGGAUCCAAAUUAUAAAGUUAACAUGGAUGAUGAUAAGAUCCGUUGUCAAUUAUCUUUAGAUGUAAACUUCUUGUUUCUUUCUAUUGGUAGCAUGUCAUUACCCGAAUUGGAUGAAAUUGAAGCCAAGCUAGAAAGAGUAAAAGAAAACAUGUUGAUUGAUAAAAAUGAAACUGUAAAAUAACUUUAUUAUAAAAACAAAAUUAAAUAUUUUUUUUACAUAUUAAGGGAUUAGAAAAACAUAUAUAAAUAAAGAUUAU